AUGCAACCAAGAGAAUUACACAAAUUACUCCUUCAUCAGUUGGGUUCUUUAGCUCAAAAACGACUUUGCCGUGGUGUCAAACUGAAUAAAUUAGAAGCAACUUCGUUAAUUGCUUCUCAAAUUCAGGAAUAUGUUCGCGAUGGCACACAUUCUGUUGCCGAACUCAUGAGUCUUGGUAAGAACAUGCUAGGAAAACGCCAUGUUCAACCAGAAGUAACCCAUUUAUUAAAAGAAUUGAUGGUUGAAGCUACAUUUCCUGAUGGAACUUACUUGGUAACUAUUCAUGACCCUAUAUGUACUCCUGAUGGUAAUCUGGAAACUGCUUUAUAUGGUAGUUUUCUUCCUAUUCCAGCUCCAGAACUGUUUCCUUACUUAGAUGAAAGUCUGUAUGCACCCGAAAAUGCUCCUGGCUACGUGGAAGUAGAGGAAGGAGAAAUAGAACUGUUGCCUAACUUGCCUCGUAUAUCUCUGCAAGUAACGAACUACGGUGAUCGUCCCAUUCAAGUUGGUUCUCAUUAUCAUUUUCUUGAAACGAACGAAAAGCUAUGUUUCGACCGUGCAAAGGCUUAUGGCAAAAGAUUGGAUAUUCCUUCCGGGACUGCCGUUCGUUUUGAACCAGGAGUGACAAAAGCGGUUCAUUUGAUUCCCAUUGGCGGUAAACAAGUCAUCCAGGGAGGCAAUUCACUUUCUAAGGGACCAUUUCAUCAAUCACGAAUUCCUGAAAUUCUCAAGAAAUUGGCCAGCCAAGGCUUUAUGCAUAAACCUGAAGUACCAAGUCAUAGCAACAUUGAACAUAUUCAACCGUACCGGAUUCCCCGUAAAAUGUAUGCAACCAUGUACGGGCCCACAACCAACGACAAGGUUCGUUUAGGUGAUACUUCUUUGGUCAUCAGAGUCGAAAAGGACUUGACAGAGUACGGCAACGAAGCUGUCUUCGGUGGUGGAAAAGUCAUCCGUGAUGGAACCGGACAAGCGACUGGAAGAUCGAUGAAUGAUUGCCUUGAUGUGGUCAUUACCAAUGCCUUAAUUGUCGAUUAUACGGGGAUCUACAAAGCUGAUAUUGGUAUCAAAAAUGGCUUCAUUGCAGGUAUUGGUAAAUCUGGUAACCCAGAUACUAUGGACAACAUUGCAGAUAACAUGAUCGUGGGAUCUUCUACGGAUGUUAUUUCUGCUGAGAAUAAAAUCGUUACGUUCGGAGGUAUGGAUAGUCACGUUCAUUUUAUUUGUCCUCAGCAAAUCGAAGAAGCUUUAGCAUCAGGAAUUACAACUAUGUAUGGUGGUGGAACUGGUCCUAGCACGGGAAGUAAUGCUACAACUUGCACUCCCAAUGCAGACCUUGUGAAAUCCAUGUUUAGAGCUACGGAUUCUUAUCCGAUGAAUAUUGGUCUUACAGGGAAAGGAAACGAUAGUGGGUAUUCUUCUCUUCGUUCUCAAAUUGAAGCUGGCUGUAGUGGUAUGAAGCUUCACGAAGAUUGGGGCUCCACUCCCGCUGCAAUAGAUUCUUGUUUGACAGUUUGUGACGAAUUUGAUGUUCAAUGCUUAAUUCACACGGAUACACUAAAUGAAUCUUCCUUCGUUGAGGGAACUUUUAAGGCAUUCAAGGAUCGCACCAUACACACUUAUCACGUUGAAGGAGCAGGAGGCGGACAUGCUCCGGAUAUUAUUUCUCUUGUGCAAAAUCCCAAUAUUUUACCUUCAAGUACAAAUCCCACGCGCCCUUAUACUAAGAAUACUUUAGACGAGGAACUUGAUAUGUUAAUGGUUUGUCAUCAUCUGUCAAGAAACGUUCCUGAAGAUGUCGCAUUCGCUGAGUCUCGUAUCCGCGCCGAGACGAUUGCAGCUGAGGAUGUCUUGCAAGAUUUGGGUGCUAUCAGUAUGAUUAGUUCUGAUUCUCAAGCCAUGGGUCGCUGCGGUGAAGUUAUAUCGAGAACCUGGAAAACUGCCCAUAAAAAUAAAUUACAACGUGGAUGCUUGCCCGAAGAUGAUGGGACGGGGGCAGACAACUUUCGUGUCAAACGUUAUGUUGCCAAGUAUACAAUUAAUCCUGCUGUUAGUCAUGGAAUUUCACAUAUCGUUGGAUCUGUAGAGGUUGGAAAAUUCGCCGAUUUGGUAUUAUGGGACUUUGCAGACUUUGGUGCCAGACCUUCUACGGUGCUCAAAGGAGGUAUGAUUGCAAUGGCGAUGAUGGGAGAUCCCAAUGGAUCAAUCCCGACUGUUUCUCCUAUUCUUUCCUGGGAAAUGUUUGGCGCAAAAGCUCCUGAACGAAGUAUUGCAUUCGCCUCAAAUUACGCUGUGUCAAAUGGUGUCAUGAGCAAAUAUCAACUUCGUAAACGGGUGGAAGCCGUGAAAGGAACAAGGAAUAUUGGGAAAAAGGAUAUGCUUUUGAAUGAUUACAUGCCCAAGAUGAGUGUAGAUCCGGAAUCCUACACAGUAACUGCAGACGAUACCAUAAUGGAAUGUGACCCUGUUGAUACACUUCCUUUGUCUCAAAAAUAUUUCAUGUUUUGA